GAAAGAUUGAAGAUCAACGUUGUUUCAAUCUUUUUGUCUGACAUGGAAUCAGUGUCAUUUCAACAAAUGUGUGCUAUCUGGGUUGCGCCCCUAGGGAUGGGCUCCUGAUCCCCGCGACCGUGCAAUAGGGCAAGCAGUUAUAGAGAAUGGAUGGGUGGGUGAACCUUUACGUAGCAAAUACGUUGUUUUAACUCUUGCUGAGAGAAAAAUAUUAAAUGAUAUAUCGGGGGAGGGCUGUCGGUCAGGUUUGGGUGAUAUUACGGUAAUACCGUAUUACCGCGACUUGUUCCUUCCAAGAUAAGGUUUGAUCUCAUGCAACUGUUUACUGAUCUUUAGUUGGUAUUUGUUGUCGUAUUUGUUCUGCCUAGACGUGUAAACCAGCUCGAAAUGUGUUUCAUGGGUAAAUGCCUGCGCAUUUGUUCUUGUAUAGCAAUGGAUUGCGGCGCGUGGAGGUGAAUGCCGACUGGCAGUUAGGCGCAUCCCUGGUUAUGAUACGAAUCUCUGUAGCGACCAAUCAGAGAGCGCGAUUCCGCGACGGUUCCUCUUAACUGCGUGUCCUUCUGAAACCAUUUCUCGAUCUGUAUGAGCGCACAUCGAGUACUAAGUAUGUCUUGCUUAUUUUUUUGCUGGUGGCCCAGAAAAAAGCAACACGACAUCGGUGCUGCUGAAGGGGCAGAAGUCAACAGGGUUACGACAACUAGACCCCAGAAGAGAAGGCUGAAGUUCCAGCGCAAGUUUCCAUGGUUGAAGCUUGCCAAGUCGAGAGCAAAGGAGAGCUCCGACGAGGACACACGGUCGUCAGGUGACUGCAAGGACUCUGGGUCAAGCAACGCAUUCGCAAGCACCCAGAGCCGCAACCUCACGAUCGUCGACUCGGAGUCAUUGACAUCGGACGCCUCCUCUACUGGGAGUAGUGUAGAGGAGCACCCGUCCCCUCCGGAGGUGACACGGGACAUCCCCCCCAAUGAGGGACCUGGAAUGUGGCCGAGAAGGUUCCCCAUAUGGCCGGCCCCGUUCUUCAUGGGGGAUAGGGGUGAUGCGGCGGAGGGACAGAAGCCGCGGCUGGUCUGCCUUGGGCUACCAAACCUUGGGCAGACCUGCUAUAUGAACGCCACCCUGCAGUGUCUGUUCCACCUGCCGUCCUUCUGCGAGGACAUCAGUCGGCAGGAGGAAUACUGGCGGCUGGUCCCGUCUGCUGACCUGUUGAGAUGUUUCACCGAUCUGGCUUCCACCCAUGGAUCAAGUGGAAAGCAGAAGACUCUGCUGAAACAUCUGCUCCCCAAGGUGUCAUGCCAUUUCGAUGAAGACGAGCAGAAUGACGCCCAUGAGUUUUUCAGCUGCCUGAUGUCCAGGAUCAGCGAGCUGGGAAACUUGAUCCAGGCCCGGAUGAGGACGACCACGUACACCUGUCCGGUGGGAGGAAACAUGGGAUUUCAGAUGCUGUGCCAGAGGACUUGUGCCAGCUGUGGAGGACAGUCAACCAGGACGGAGGACUUCAACCAUCUGUCCUUGGACGUCAUCCCCCUCAUCCCGGUGAAAGACCUCUUGGAGAACUAUUUCAAGGACACAGAGGUGGAGCUGACUUGUGCCACCUGCAGUGGGAGCGAGGCUGUCCUGUCAUGGACAUUCCUCACACUGCCUCGUGUCCUGGUCCUGCACUUGAAGAGGUUCAGCUAUACCCCACAGUAUCAGCUGAAGAAAGUGCAGGACCCAGUUCUCCUCUGUAGGGAGAUCACCCUGCUCCCCCACUUCAGGGAGAUCUCCCCGGUCACAGAGAGGCCCCAGUCAGCAGGCCCUGAGGAGCCUCAUCUGAAGGAUGCCGAAACCACACAAGAGGCACAUGCGUCAGUGGAAGAUCUUCCAGGGGAUGUCCCUAGGAUGCCAGGCAGCGGCGAUGCAGGACUUGUGGAGGAGGAGAGCCAUACUUCGUGCCGCAAUUUACCUACAGUGGACUCACCGCCCCCUGCAGAUGAACCUGAGACAGGCACAGAGCAGCAUACGCCUGCACUCCUGAGAGUAGGGACAGUUGGAGGAAGUCAAGGAGAGCCAGCGGUCUCCGAGACGCCGAGAGCACAGCCAGCCAGACACCGAUAUCAGCUUGCUGGUGUUCUCAGCCACCUGGGCUCCAGCGCCACCUCUGGUCACUAUAUCAGCGACAACUUCAGUCGUUCAGAGAAGGGCUGGCUGUCCUUCAGUGACCUGACGGUGAAAAGGCUGGAUGAGGGACAUGUCCUGAGGAAGAGGCAGAGCAGCGCAUACAUGCUGUUUUACACCCAGCAGGUACAGAAGGACACCGAGGAGACACCGAAGAGACACCGAAGAGACACCGAGGAGACACCGAGGAGGCUCCGAGACACACAUGUGCUGCGGAUGAAGCUGGACCGGAUGUCAGCAUCGACUGGGAGUUAACAUAGGGCAUAAAUAAAGGAACUUACAUUAGAUAGAUA